UUGACUUUAGCAACACCUAUGCACGAUUAUGCUGUCCCCUUUAUGAUGCGUUUCCCAUUUUUCUCACAUGAUAAAACAGACCAAAGAGUAUUGUUUUGAUCAGUACAGCAAAGAGUGUCUGUAAGUGAGAAAAUAACAAUGUCGACUCUGAGUGUCCCUCACCCUAUUCCCCCUGUUGCCGAUGACUGUGAACAGCUCCGCAAAGCCUUUUCAGGUUGGGGAACCAAUGAAGGACUGAUUGUAUCGAUCUUGGGUCAUCGGAAUGCUAGUCAAAGGAAGAUUAUCCGAGAAACUUAUGCUGAGACUUAUGGAGAAGAUCUUCUUAAGGCCUUGAAUAAGGAGCUUACCAGUGACUUUGAGAGGCUGGUUCAUCUAUGGACACUUGAAACUGCUGAGCGUGAUGCUUUUUUGGCAAACGAAGCAACUAAAAGAUGGACAUCAAGCAAUCAGGUUCUGGUGGAAAUAGCUUGCACUAGAUCUUCUGAUCAAUUGUUUGCUGCAAGGAAGGCUUAUCAUGCUCUUCAUAAGAAAUCUCUUGAGGAAGAUGUUGCUCAUCACACAACCGCUGACUUCCGUAAGCUCCUAUUACCUCUGGUUAGUUCAUAUCGAUAUGAGGGAGAUGAAGUCAACUUGACUCUAGCAAAAGCUGAGGCAAAAAUAUUGCACGAGAAAAUUUCAAAUAAGGCUUACAAUGACGAUGAUCUCAUCAGGAUUUUUGCCACAAGGAGCAAAGCCCAAGUUAAUGCUACUUUGAAUCACUACAAGGAUGUAUUUGGAAACGAUAUCAACAAGGACCUGAAAGCUGAACCAACAGAUGAGUUCCUGUCUUUACUAAGAUCGACUGUCAAGUGCUUGACUCGUCCCGAGAGGUACUUUGAGAAGGUAGUUCGUCUGUCUAUCAACAAGCGAGGAACAGAUGAAGGAGCUCUUACAAGAGUGGUGGCAACAAGAGCUGAGAUUGAUUUGAAAAUUAUAGCAGAUGAGUAUCAAAGGAGGAACAGUGUCCCUCUUGAUCGUGCCAUUGUCAAGGACACCACUGGUGACUAUGAGAAAAUGCUUUUGGCAAUUUUAGGACAUGAUGAUGCUUGAGAUAAAUGCUUGUGUGUGUUUUCUCUUUUGAGAGAGGUACUUAUAUAUGUGCUUUUACAAGUUGUGUUUUCAGCAUGUUUGUCUUUCCUAUGUUUUAUUAUAUGAUUUUGGAAGCGUUUAGAAUUUGAUUGAGUGUUAAUCAAACUUUGAAUAACUAAUCAUGGAAUGUAUUAGUGAUUAGCUUUUAUGAAUUACGAUAGCGACCCUAUGGUUACUUUUCUAUGUUAAAUAUAUAUUUAUAUAGACAAUAUAUGGUUGU